AUGAACCCGUCAACCCGCAUUCCCCCGCUGCUACAACCCUACAUCACGCUGCCCCGCGCCGACGCACAGCUCCUGGUCACAAGCACACUGGGCGCCAGCGCAAACUGGCUGCUGGUGCGGAUCCUCUGCGACGCGCUGGGCAGCGGCAGCGCGCAGGAUGGCGGCCACAACGUCGUGCUCGUGUCGUGGAUGCGCGACUACGCCUUCUGGCGGCUGGAGGCGCGCAAGGGCGCGGGGCUGGAUCUGGAGCGGUUGAGAAGGGAGAAGCGGGUUGUGUUUGUGGAUGGGCUGGGUGGGUUGGUUAUGGGCGGCGAGCGGGAUGCGCAGAUGCAGACGUCGCAGGCACACACUGGCCUGCUUCCUGCGCGGACGACGCCGGUCGCUGAUCCGCCGCAGAGGACGGGGAACAUGUUGCCUGCGCGAGGACCGCCUGGACGCGCUGUACCCGCCCGAGGGCCGCCAGCACCCACACAGCCCGCUCGCAGCCAGACAGCAGGCGACCUGACGCUGACAUCGCUGGACCUCGCCCACCUCAAAGACACGCUCGCACGUGCCGUGACCUCGCUCUCGGCGCUCACGACGACGCGCAGAACGCUCCUCAUCCUCGACAGCCCAGACGCCUACCUCGCCCUCUCCUCGACACCGACCUCGUCCUUUGUGUCCCUGCUCCUGCAGCUGCACACUCUUCCCGGUGUCUCCCACAUCCUCACCCAUCUGCACGCCGACACCCCCCUGUUAUCGCCCUCAGCACCCGCGCAACCGCUCGAGAUUAGCCAGUUCAACCUGCUGACUAAGAUCGCGCACAUGAGCGCCAGACUGAUCGGGACCAGGGUGCUCGACACGGGCGUUGCGCGUGAUGUGUCGGGCGUGGUCAGAGUCACCGAGCAGCGGACUGGGUGGCAGGACCUGGGGUUAGAGGAAGAGGGCACCUCGACCGAGGACGACGCCGGGAAGGGCAAAGAGUUUCUGUACCAGAUCAAGGGGGAUGGGAGUGUGAAGGUUUUCGAGAGGGGGGCUGGGGGCGAGAGCUGA